AAGCUUCAGCACCUUCAACACUUCGACUUCAUUUGACGCAACCAGCUUCCUUCUUAUUACAAGGAAUUCCCCCUACUGUCGCAGAAGCAAAGAAUAAACUUCUACAGGUGACAACAGACAGGAACAGACAUGGCGCCUGAUUCUGCGGAUGUCGAAAUGGAGGUCACCCGGCCUGAGACAGAGGAUGACGAUACCGAGCAGAAGAUCAUCAACGAAGAGUAUAAAACAUGGAAGAAGAACAGCCCUUUCCUCUAUGACAUGAUUCUCAGCACUGCCCUUGAGUGGCCUACAUUGACUACACAGUGGUUUCCGGAUAAGAAGGAACAUGCUGGCAAGAACUAUACCACCCAUCGACUGUUGAUUGGUACACACACGUCUAAUGGCGCACAAAAUUACCUCCAAGUUGCGGCCGUCGAGCUACCGAAGAAUGCCGCACCAAACCCGCGAGAUUACGACGAGCAACGUGGAGAAAUUGGUGGUUAUGGCAGCUCCUCGAACGGGGAGCAAGCAGCUAUCAAGAUGAUUAUCGAGCAGAAAAUCGACCACCCUGGUGAGGUCAACAAAGCAAGAUAUCAACCUCAAAAUCCCAACAUCAUUGCAACAAUGUGCAAUGAUGGAAGAGUGUUGAUCUUUGAUCGUACCAAGCACAGUAGCAUUCCUCGAGGUCAAGUACUUCCUCAAGCAGAACUGCGCGGUCAUACAGAGGAAGGUUUUGGAUUGAGCUGGAACCCACACGAUGCUGGCAAACUUGCGACGGGCAGUAAUGACAAGACUGUUAAAUUAUGGGACUUGAAUACUAUCCAGAGCAACAAUACCGUAGUUAAGGCAUGGCGUACCUAUACACACCACACAUCUGUAGUCAACGAUGUCCAAUAUCACCCCCUUCAUAAAUCUCUGAUUGGAACUGUCUCGGACGAUCUCAGUCUUCAGAUGAUCGAUGUUCGACAACCAGACACCGAUAAGUGUUCAGCCAUGAACAAGACUGCCCAUAAGGAUGCUGUCAAUGCCUUGGCGUUCAACCCUGCUUCCGAGUUCGUUCUAGCUACCGCAUCAGCAGACAAGACCAUUGGGAUUUGGGAUUUGCGAAAUCUGAAAGACAAGUUACACUCUCUCGAAGGUCAUGUUGAUGCUGUCACUUCGCUAGCAUGGCAUCCUCAUGAAGAAGCUAUUCUUGCAAGUGGUAGCUACGAUCGGAGAAUAAUCUUCUGGGAUUUGAGCAGAGUUGGCGAGGAGCAAUUGCCUGAUGACCAGGAGGAUGGUCCUCCAGAGCUCUUGUUCAUGCAUGGCGGCCAUACUAACCAUCUUGCUGAUUUCUCGUUCAACAUGAAUGAGCCCUGGGUCGUGUGUAGUGCUGCGGAAAAUAAUACGCUCCAAAUAUGGAAGGUCAGUGAGGCAAUCGUCGGCAAAGAUUUGGAGGAUAUUCAGGUGGACGAACUUGAAAGAUGAGAACUAGGAUGACAUUAUGAAUACCCAGCAUGGUAGUGGCCAAGGAGUUAUACUGCAUGCAAUUCUAUUGGCGUUUGUGUAUCAUAUUGUAGCUAUAAUCCACGCUUCUUGCAUUGAUUAAAAGACAGGCUUUCUUUCUACAGUCUGUGGGAAGCCUAAGCAC